GUUUGGCUGAACUUCCUGUUUUCCUUUGCAGCAUGGCGGAUAUGGAGCAUGCUCGUGACGACUCAAAACAUGUGAACGUUACAAGCGAACCUCUUUUCAAUUCUAGCCUGGUCCAAACAAACAGAUUGCCCUCUGUUCCAGAAUGCGAUGCGUUCGCGGUUCCGUGCUUGAUACCGUCAUUCGCGGCCGCCGCAGAACUGCUGUCAGCGCCCUACUCGUGUCUGGUGUUGAACACGCACCACAGACAUAUUGUCCUUCCGCCCAUGUACCUGCACAAGAAGAGGACAGGGAUCAGGGGAGAACUAGAGACGGAGCUGCUCAGGUUCUCUCAAAGGCUAAAUGGAGUACCUUUGGCCUACGACAACAUCAGGAUCAUUGGUGAGAAGGGUGACAUCUAUGAUGACAGCAGCUACAUCCACAUGGACAUACAGGCCGACUUUGUUGUGUUCCAGCCCACAAAAGGGCAAAAACUGCUGGGCAAGGUGAAUAAAUUGGGUAUAAGCCAUGUAGGCUGCCUGGUGCAUGGCUGCUUCAACGCCAGCAUCCCCAAACCAAACCUGGUCUCUGUGGAAACCUGGAGGGUUGCAGGACCGAGGAUUGGAUCAGAGCUAGAGUUUGAGGUUAUGGCACUUGAUGCUGACAAUGUGGGUGUUUUGCUGGUUAGAGGGCGACUGGACAAAACCAGGGUCCAGGAGUUGAUAGCGAUGGAGGAGAACUCACAGAUGUGCGUCUCCACAGAACAGCCAGAGGCAGCAGACACAGAUUCUAAACCUGAACCUACAGAGGACCAAGAGACAAGCAAGAAAAAGAACAAAGAAGAAGUAAAUGAAAAUGAUGCAUCACCCCCCCUCCAACCAGAGGGUGCCGACACAUCUCAGCCUAAUGGGACAAUAAAUGAAGAAAUAAGUAAUAAGGGCAAGAAAAAGAAGAAAAAGAAAAAGGAGAAAUGUUUAAAAGAAGAGGAGGAGGAGGAGGCUGAGGUCACUACUAUGGAUGUCCAUGGCAGUGACUCCAGUGGCUACAUUAGCGACAAGCCAAGCAAAAAGAGGAAGCAUGAAAAUAGCAGCGAUGUUACAUCACAUGUGGAUGAAGAAUCAGAAACACCAAAGUCUAAGAAGAAGAAGAGGAAAAGUGUCAUUGAACUGGCUGCAUGAAGCUGAUGAGAUUCUGUAAUGUGUUUGACAUGAAUUCAGCCAUUGCAAUGACAGUCAAAUGUGCUGCGGUGCCUUAUUGUGUAGACACAAUUUUCAGAGCAGUGUUUUCAAUAAACUCCCCCUAAUGAUGGACAGCUAUGGUCUAGACACUCUCAACCUAAGACAGUGAUUACCAACCACUGAUAAUUCACCAGUUUAAUUGAAUUAGUCUAAAAGGUAUUAUUGUAUUACUGCUGCCUUUUUUCACUAUGGGUUAGUGACAGCAGAACAAUUAAAUAUUAUUCCACUAGGUGGCAGUGGGUGGCUAUAAACUGAAAAAUGGUGACCCGGGACUGUUCAAAGUCUUUGUGUCUUUCUUCAAUUCCAGCGUUGUGUUCUACUAGACAAGCACAGGUUACAUACCGAGUAAUUAAAUUGAAGCAAGACAAUUAUAUUUAAUUACAUCCAGUUAUUGUGACGUUUUUAUAUGGCGCAUUACCAAACAAAUGUUAGUGUCUUAUGCAGACAAAAACUGUCUCAUACACCAACACGCUUUGGAAGCCUUAGAAGAACUUGUCUGUGGUUUUCAGAGUUAACGCUGGGAAGUGAAUUAUUAAAGACUUUGUUAUAUUACUCAAACAUUUGCAGCAUUGUUAUUCAACAAUUUCUGGUUGUGGAUUUGUGGUGUGGUGUCUUUUAUCAACUCUAACCCUAACCAAUGUUCUUCCAGAAUAAAAAUAUAUUUUGACAA